UUUUUCUUGUUGCAGAAUCAUGAGUAAGAACUACUUGUCCAAAAACGAUGAACUCCGCAAGGGAGACUUUCUGGUCUCCAACAACAGGGAGUGGAAGGCCGUCUUCCAGGAGGAUGGCAACUUCGUCCUCUAUGGCUGGAAGCCUGCGUCACCCAAGUGGCACACAAACUCCUACAGACCCACAUCCAACAUGUGCCGCCUUCACCUGACCGAUGAGGGAAAACUGGUGGUCAGCAGGGAGGGUGAGGAGGUCUGGAACUCCGGUGAAAACGAAGGCAUGACGUGAUUCAUUGUGAACGUUGCGCUUUGAG